AUAUCAGGUGAAUACCACAGCGCUCCACAAUCUUAGUCUUGUAAAAUAAUAAUUAAAUACGUCUCGAGGCAAAACCCAUAUAAUCUAUUUAUUCCGGAAAGAUGAACCAAAAUUGAUUCCAACUAAUAUACAGUACGUUGUUCAAAACCGCGCGUAAAGUUGCAACACGACUGUCAUUAUCCGAUUGUGGACAACAUGAAUAUACAACUUUUCCAUCAGAGACUGGGGGAAUUAGAAAAACAUUUACAUUGCAGUGUGUGUAACUGUAUACCAGAUAUGCCAUGGGUGCUGGGAGACUGUGAACACCUUUACUGCAGACAAUGCUGUGAUAACCUGCUGGGUCAGUGCUGUGUUAUUUGUGGGAUACCUGUACACGUGAAGGAUGCUCGUAUGCACAGACUGGUGUCCAAUAUUGUGGAACAGUUCAAAAUAAUGAAUCGCAUCCUCCAAGAGAACUUCUUGGUCCAGGAAUCAGGAAUCGCCAAGGCAGGAGAGACGACUAAUUGUGACUUUCAUACAGAUCACUCAAAUUCAAGCAACAACACAAGUACAAACAUUUCCAGUGAAUUUCAAUAUAAUCUGAAUGAUGCUGCAGGCAGUCCAGAACUUUUCGGUCCAGACAGUCCCAUCAAACUGUCCAACCAUACAGAUUCCCCUGCCAAGAGAGAACAACUUGAAGAAGCAAGCAAUCUACAUGCAAGACAUGUUCCAGAAACUGGUGAGGAACUGGCCAUCAACCUUUUAUUCACUGGAGACAAUUCUUCCUUAUCUGGCAAUUGUCAAGGGACAGAGUCAAAACCUGUAAACAAAAGCAAUGAGAAUAUUAUACAGAACUGUAGGACAGCAGCUAGAAAAAUCAAUGGGGCCAAGCAAAAUAUCCAGUUUAUCACCAGAAAGAAAACAAUCAAAAGAAGUUUAAAAAGGAGUCUUGGGAAAGAGAAUACUCACAUGUCAUCUCCAUCUUCCAGAAAGUGCUCAAGCACCACCCCUUUUCAACUAGGUAGUCCUAGUCAUUUGAACUUGUCUUUCAAUAAUGUUUGGCAAGGAAGCCCUCACAACAUUGACAAGAAAAAUGCCAAGGGGGAAACAAGUCUUCAAGUGGCAUGUAUAAAGGGGGAUUUGCAGCGAGUGGAAAGACUGCUAUCUUCUGGAGCAAAUCCAAACACUCGAGACCACGCAGGAUGGACACCUCUGCAUGAAGCUUGUCAACAUGGCCAUGCAGAGAUAGCUGCGAGACUUUUAAGUGCUGGAGCAUUGGUAGACGUUCCAGGUACAGAGAAUGAGACUCCACUACAUGACGCUGUCCGACAUCUGAAGACAGACUGUGUGACUCUGCUGGUCAGACACGGAGCAUCUAUAAACACAAGAAAUAUUAACGGCCUCUCCCCGUUAGACCUGGCUGGUGGUCACUCUGACUUAAUGGAGGUUUUACACACUGAAGUCCAAGGUGUGAUCACCCCCCUCACACUACAGGUUGAUCCCCUUGUUUACCAGAGUCCAUGUUUCCUUGGUACAGGCUUAUCUCGGGAGCAGAGGAGUACUCUACAGAGGUGUGCCUCCAAACUACAGGCCAGGGUCGUGGAGGGAUUUUGUCCAGAGGUGACCCAUGUAGUGAGUGGCUGUAACAAUGAGGGCCUGUGUCCCCGCACUAUCAAGUACUUACAAGGUGUACUCUCUGGCCGAUGGAUAGUCAACAUGGAAUGGGUAGAAAUGAGUCUUGAAUAUGGAUCAAAGCUGGUGGAGGAGGCGUUUGAGAUUCCAGGCACCAGUACCGACCCUCAAUCUGGAGCAGCUCAAAAAGGGCGGAUCAACAGACAGAAACAGCUUCCUGGGUUAUUUGAUGGGUGCCAAUUUUACUUCUAUGGACACUUUGAAUACCCCACUCCAGAUAGAGAGGAUCUGGUCAGCCUGGUGAAGUUAGGCGGGGGACAAGUAAUCCAGCGUGAACCCAAACCUGGUCACAUCCCCGAGACACAGCUGACCACACCCUACCACGCCCCCGCAGGCUCCGAGACUUGCUGUAUAUACAUUGUCCAUGACAACAGGGCCACAUUCCAGCCCAUUACAACAAGUGCUUUGUGUACAGUGAGGGCUGCAUGGAUAAUGGACUGUAUCAGUCAGUUCAGAUUGAUCAAUGUUGGCUCCGAUUGUUGAUUUGUUGUCAUUGUUAUUGUGCAGCUUAGUUAUGGAAUGUGAUUGUAAUGCAAUGUACUGGUACAUUUUUAAUUAAGUGUCGCUCGUCUGUGAGAUUGGAUUAUUCUAUCAAUAAAAGAUGUACACUAUGA